GCCGCCAUUGAACCCGCGCAGCAGCAUGGCAUGUCGGGAUACCUUUUCCGCAUCAUGGCGGAUCAGGUAGUCGGCUAACACUAACGGGUUAGCAUCUACAACGAUUGUUUGGUUUACACAUAGUGAAUGACCGCAGCUAUCUGGGCUUUCUCUACACGGACUGGACUGCAUCCACCCGGACAUAAACUGGUGUUGAGUGAGGGAGCAGCACGCCAGUGACAUUAAGAGGACAAAGUCAGGGGCAUCGGCACAAUGGAAUGUGCAGUGGACAUCCCCUCAGGUGAAGAUGAGGCGCCUGAGAAAGACGACAUAAACGCCAAGGAAGAGAUUGAGCCACCCCACAAGAAAAACAAGAAGCACAGAAAACACAAGAGCAAGAAGAAGAAGAGGAAGAGGAAGGGGGAAAAGGAGACAAGUUCAGAAUCUGGUGCUGAGUCGGAUGUAGAGCCACCGCCGCCGCUGAAGCCUGUCAGGACCACCAGAGCAAGUGCCAGACUGGCAGCAGCUUCAGGAACUGGAGACCAAGCUGGGCCGAAGGAGGAGGGCAAAAGAGAUGUAAUUACAGAUCGUGCAGACGCGGAGGGAGAUGCAAAAUCCAAAAAACACAAAAGACACGCUGCCAAGAAGAAGAAAAAGAAGAGGAAGAAAGACGAAAAGCAGGAAAAGAAAUCCCCAUCUCGCUCCCCAUCUGAAAGCAGCUCCGCUUCAGGCUCCGAGUCUGAAGGUGAAGGAGGGAAAGCGGCUGGUGAUGGUAAAUAUUCUCCAGCUGCAGCGUCUGACCUGCAAGAACCAGUGUCCAAACUGGUUUCAAAAAGCAAGAAACCUGAAUCUCUUGGAGCGAAGAAAGAGGAGAUAUCAGAUAUGGAUGUGUCCCCAUCUGGAGAGAAGGGUAACACCAAUCGAUCAGAAAAUGAUAUGAGACCGCCCGCUGCAGGCCAGGAUGAGAUAACACAGACAGCAGCAGUUAAGGUUAAGACGGAGGGUAGUCAUGCUGAUGGUACAUUUAGCCAUGCCCAGGAACUCCCUGACAUCAUCCCGAAACAGGAAGGUGCUACCCCAAGAGAUGACACAGGCCUGAAAGAUCAGGCCAAUUCAGUUCAAAGGGCAAAGGUCAGGGAGCGUGAUUCAUCCAGGUCCAGAUCUCCUUCCCCACCCAGGGUCUCAGAUAUUAAGAGGUCAGGGUCAAGUCAUAGUCGUUCACCAACACCUAGUCCUAGUAGGGAGCAGUCCGAUGGACAAACAGCAGCAGCAGUAGUGAAAGAACGGUCAAGAACCCAUUCCAGGUCAACUUCUAAGGGAAAACGGUCUAUAACUCCUCUAAAGACUCGGCAGCUAUCCCGCUCUCAGUCCCGCUCUCAGUCCCCUAAAUCUAAGAGGAAGUCACUCUCCCCGUCCCCGAAGUCUACCAAGAGGGCGACACGUCAGUCUCGGUCCACCUCUCGCUCCGUCACCCCCAAGAAAAAGGUGUUGAAGUCUCCAAGGAAGUCCAAGUCUCCUAAACGUCGGAGGAGUUCAUUGUCUGUUUCUCCAAAGCGACGCAGAAGUUCCCACUCUCCGAAAAGAAAGUUGUCACGGUCCCCUAAACGUGGUGGGCGCAGGUCCCCCUCUCUAUCUCGGUCUCCAAGGAAAAGUCGAAGGUCAGAGUCACGUCCCCGUGGAGGCACAAUGCACUCCAGGGCUCGCUCACCUAGACGAGGUGGUGCAGUUGGCAGGCGUUCAAGGUCACGUUCCUUCACUAGAACCCGUCGCUCCAGCUCUAGAUCAAGACGUCCUGUUCGCCGCUCAAGGACGCGGUCACCGGCAAGACGUGCAGGAGGUCGGCGCUCCAGGAGUCGAUCCUUGUCUCGGCGUAGGAGGUCACCUCCCCCCACAUCCCGCCGCUCACGCUCCAGGUCGAUCCGCAAGAGCAAGCGGACUCGGUCUCGUUCCAUUGUAGUCCUUAAGCGCACCCGGCGCUCCAGAUCGAAGAGUCCCCGCAAGCGGACCAAAUCCAGAACCCCUCCCUCCCGUUCCGCCGCCAGGAGAAAUCGUUCUCCACCAAGGUCUAGCAAACGCUCCAAAUCUCGCUCAUUGUCUCGAAGGCAUCGGUCCAAGUCUCUCUCACCACUACCUAUCAAGAGGAAGUCCAAAUCUCCUCGGAGGAGUGGAAGAAGGUCAAAGUCUAAAUCCGUCUCGACGGGCUUGAACAGAUCUAGAUCCAAGUCGGAGUCAAGUGAUGGGCGGUCUGACAACUCCUCCCCAGCCAGAUCUGCAUCUUCCUCUCCUGUUAAAGAGAUGAAGCCUUCCUCUCCUGAGGCUGAGGCUGAGGCUGAGGCUGAGGUUGAGGUUGAGGCUGAGGCUGAGAAGACAGCUGGAGAAAGUGGAGGAAUUUCAGCUAAAGCAGGUGCUUGGAAGCCCAUGCCCUCAGCAGUUGCCGCCAGCCCUCAGGCUGCUGGGAUACGUUGGGAUACGUUGCAGGAGCAGAUCCAGCUCAAGAUGCCUUCUCCAAACCAUGACAAGGAAGGUAUCAGCUCACCCAAUGAACGAGGUGUUUCCAAGUCCAGGUCCGGUUCCAGAGAGCCCGGCAUUGGUCCAGAUGGGUCUGAUUUAUCUGAAGGCUCAGAUGAAGAACAGGAUUCUCCCCCUCCAGUUAAGCAGCUGUCAAAGUCACGCUCACCUGCGGAACGCAGGAAACUUUCACGCUCAACUUCUUCACCUCGGCGAUCAACAUCCAAGACUACAUCCCGAAGGAAGCAGUCUAGGUCCAAGUCUCCUGUGAGGAAAAGAGAAUCUGUCUCUCCAUCAGAAAGAAAGAAACGGCGGUCUAAAUCUCGGAGUCCUGCCCGGCGGCGGAGGUCACGCUCCCCCGCACGGCGUAAGCGAUCACACUCCAAGACACGAACCCGAAUCCGGCGAUCCAAGUCCCGCUCUCCACCCCGAAAGAGACGAUCCCGCUCACCCAACGCCCGUGGGAGGAGAAGGUCCAAGUCCACAGACCGAAGCAAACGAUCCAAGAGCCGCUCCACGGGCCGCAGGAAAAGGUCAGUAGACAGAAGCAGACGAUCGAGGUCUCGUUCUUCUGACCGCAGACGCAGGUCUAGGUCGAGGGGCCGCGGGAGGCGCCCGGUGUUUCGCAGCCGUUCGUUCGAUAGGCGGGACAGGUGGAAAAGGGAACCCAGCCACUCUCCAGUUCUCAUUCUCCGCAAACAGCGCCGCUCAGGGUCCCGGACACGACGCAGCACCAGCAAGACUCCUCCACGCCUCACUGAACUGGAUAAGGACCAGUUGCUGGAGAUAGCCAAAGCUAAUGCUGCUGCCAUGUGUGCUAAGGCGGGGGUGCCCAUUCCUGAGAGUCUUCGACCUAAAGCCAUCCUCCAGCUCCCUCUACCCACUCCAUCUCCUACCCCACUCUCCUUACCUCUACCGUUACCUCUCUCAAUGGGCAUGGGGAUGCCCAACAUGCCCAAUAUGCCCAACAUGGGUCAGAUGGGGUUAUCCAGUAUUCCAGGAAUGCCCAGCAUGUCAAACAUCACCAUGAGUGCCGCUAUGGCAAGUAUGACGGCAGCUACUAUGACAGCAGCCUUGACCAACAUGGGUGCCCUGGCGGCCAUGCCUCCCCUCGCCCCACUUCCUACCAUCACUAACAAGCCCCCGCCGUGUCUCGCCCCGCCAACGCCAACCCUGAACCUGGACCACAUCGAGGAAGCGAAGAGGAAGGUCACUCAGCAAGCGAACAUACACACCAUCAAGGAGCUUACUGAGAAGUGUAAGAUGAUUGCAAAUAGCAAGGAGGAGAUGGCCAUUGCUAAACCCCAUGUCUCAGAUGAUGAAAGCUAAAACCGCCAAGCCCUCACGCUACUCCCCUCAAAGGACUGAAGGAAAACGCUUUACAGGAGGACCUACCUUCCCACAGUUUCCCUUGGCAGCCAGAUGAGCUGACUGAGCCUCAUAAACCACCAAGAAGAAGACGAGCAUCCGAGUUGUCACAGUUAGAAUAUAGACGUACCGGCACCAGCCACUGCCCCACCCAGCUCCCCCCGUUUGUUUCUGUUUGUGUGCAAGCGAGAGAGACUGGCUGUCACCUGUGAUACCACUGAGUAAACUGGACACACUGCCAUGUGUGCACAGUUGUAUGACUGUAUAGUGAGCGUGAGUCUGUGUGCGUGAAUUGUUAGUGUGUGUAUAUACGGUAGUGACUUUCACCACCUCAGUGUUGCUGCUCAUUUAAGCGGUCACUGACUGAAGAGGAAACAAACCAAACUAACUAGUGGCGCAAGUGUUUUUGUAAAAGAUUAGUUUCUCUAAAUUUGAUUUACUUUUAUGCUUUCUUAAAGAGCUGUGUUAAGUGGAGACUGCUUCCUCGUUCUUCUGUAUUCCCCUCUGCUCUCUCUAGUCCCUGGUUUUAUAAACAAAUAAUGCAGACGAAGUUUUGGUAGAUCCUCACAUGUGACUCGUUUUCAAACGCCUGGAUGACCACAUGUUGUGAAUCCUGGAACAGGGUGCCAGGUCUGAUUUAUUUUGAAGGAAUGGAAUAAGUGACUAUAUUGGCUGCAUUAAGAAGGUUUGAACUUUUGGAUAUGACAAAACAUAAUUAAUCCAGUUAGCACUGCCCUGGGUGUGAUUUUCGUUCCCUCUAUUUUAAACAUCAACCUAAUCUUUGACUCUAAACCGGUCUUUCAUUUGGGCUUUGUUGGGAUUUUUUUUUUCAAUUUGGAAACAUGUUUGCUGUAGAUUUAAAUGGACAUUUCAUCUACUAUAAUUUUAACACCAAUAUCCUAACAUGCAGUGUUGUCUGUUUUGCAGAACACUAUACUAUAAUAUCAUUUAAGAUGCUCAAAAAGCAUACCAGUAGUAUUUGCUGGGAAUUACCAUGUUAGCAUUUUUAAAACUAGAAGACAUUUGACUGAGUGCAAACUUUUUGAAAUGUCUGUGUUUCUAUCAUUUGUCAUCCGGGUUUGAUUUUGUAAGCGAUGCUGGUUGAUGACUGGAUGGCUGGACAUCCCAGAUGUUGGGACCUUGCCUCAGAAUAACAUAAUACCCGUAAUCCCAGAUUCAGAUCACAACUAAGAUUUGGUUGACUAGACCUUGAGCCACCAACUUUAGCUAUAUUACAUAGACUGUACAUAAAGAUGGACAAAGCGUCUCCACUUCCUCCCACUGUACCGAAGUAAAGCCAAAAUAGCCCGAUACGAGCGCUGCUAUUUUGAGAUUUUGACGUCAAUUGGAACCAGUCUGCGCAGUAGUGAUCGGGCGGUAGAGCCACGGUAUCGAGGUCACCCGCCCGAACCAAUUGCGAGCUGAGCGCAGCCGUAGUUCGUCAGUGAGAGAGACUCUUUAUGUACAGUCUAGGAUUUAUCAAUGUAACAUUUUUUUUAUUCUCCUGAUGAGAAACCGGAUGGUUGAAAAUGUAACUUCGCUUAAAUUUCACACUGUAAAUGGAGCUAAUUAUUACUUGUUUAGAGCAACAUUUCUAAUUCACUGUGUGACUGAAUACAUGAUAAACAUUAGGCAGUUUUUAAAAAUACGCUUUAGAUAUGCUUUUGCCUUUCUGUUGCUGUUUACAUUAUUAAAACAUCAUUUCUAUUAGUAGCUUUUAUAGAUGAACACAUGGAGAACAUAAUUCAUGUUGCGCUGGGGGGGUGACAGAUUAUACUUCUAGUGGUUAUAGAGUUUAAUUUAGGAAGUUGAGUAUGCCCUGAACUGUGCCAUUGUUAAAUGUUUUGUGUAUUAGACAAUCAGGUUCUUUGUCUCAAGAUGCUUCUUUUGAAGAAAGAACUAUAUCCACAUUAAAUUGACACAUCUUGCAGCGCUGUAUUCAGGUGGCAAAUAGGAGAGAAUUGUUAUGGAUAACUGCAAACGUAAUGAAAACCCAACAAGCCCUUUUCCUUUAAUCCACUGACUCAUUUAAUAUCUGCUUUACUUGUAAAUGUUGUCCCCCCCCCGGCCACCUAGUAGGUCUUCUGUGUGAGCUGCGUCUGGGUUAACGGGGUCCAUGUUUCACUUAAUGCUUUUGUCCCGUUGGAUAACUGAAGAACAAAAACUAACACGGUGCUUUUGGGAAAACUGGCAGGGAUGAGGUUUUUAAGGAAUCUUGCACUCAUAACUCAUUUAUUUUUCAUCAGAGAGGGAAGUAAGUCUAGAUCCAUCCUUCUUUGUCGACCUCCCACACCCAGGGCUGUUAAACUGUGGAAGAUAAUUCUGAUUUGUCAAACUGUAACUAUACUGACCGUACCAAAAGCGUUGUUGAACUGUUGAUUCCCUGAGGUAAUCUUUAGCUAUUUUAAUGACAGAUAAAAGAAGAAAAUGCAUUUUAGGAUUCUUUUUUUUUUUCUUUGGUCAUUUGAAUAUGACAUCGCCUGCUUUGUACAUAAACGUGUUGAUGAUUAUUAAAAACCUCAAUGAUCUCUA